GUUGACUGAGGCUAGCUUCACCCUGCUUCGAAACAGAAAGUGUAAAUAUGAAAGCGUGAUAGGGUAGAGGGUGGAUUCCUCCGUAUAUUAACGGAUAAUAGCUAGAGAACUAAACGAAUCCGUUAGCUAUUUUUUUAAAUUGAAUGCUGUUGUGAGUCGUGCCUUUCACAGGCCCCUCACGCUUGCCCCCUCCCCACCAAACAAGCCAUGUCAAAUAUGACUGAGAAUUUUGACCGAGCUCCCGGGGCAGGGAGAACUCGUCAACAGUCAACCGGUGCAGGUGGAGGCGAUGGGGAUGCCAAAACCUAUGUUUUCAACCAGCGGGAGCCGCUGAGACAGCCUCGGACUUCGCCACCCUUGGUUGAGAACAACACUAGCAGCACUGGCGAUGCAAUCGGCGGAGAUGGCAGAAGAGCAGGCAAACAUCACCCAGCCACACACACCAAUAACAGCACGCCAGCAUCUCAGGGGCGCAACGUGGACUUGGUGAAGACAUCUACCCUGUCGGUUAACGCUAAAGAGUUUGUUCCAACCACCAGCCAAGUCAGCCAGUACGAGGUAUAUGACGAGGAGCCUGUCUGGGAAGAUGGCAGCGAUGGGUUUUAUGGAGGAGAGUCACUCUCUGACAUGGUGGAAGAGUUUCUCGCCCACCUAAGUUCCUCUCCGGGGUCCUUUGAGACGGAUGUUGAGCACAUAGCCUACAUGCUGAACUCCUGGGUCACCACGGAGGAGCUGCUUCAGGAUCUAGUGGAGCUGAUAUACACUCAGUCCACCGCCAUCCCAAACUUUGCCUACACAGGAGCUCGACUCUGUAACUACCUGUCUCAUAAUAUUACAAUCAGUCCUGCCAGUGGCAACUUCCGGCAACUUCUCCUCAAAAGGUGCCGUACAGAGUACGAGCAGAGAGAUGUAGCAGUAAAGGGGAACGAGAAGACCCAGAAGAGCUUUCACUGCUACGUGCUGUUUCUGGGAGAACUCUACCUCAACCUAGAGGUGAAGAGUGCGAAGGGGCCUCCAUGUCGAGCGGAGGUCCUGCAGAAUGCUCUGAAGGAGCUGAUGAACGCUUUGUUCUCCAACCCCGUCGACGGAAACCUGAUCUGUGCGGUCAAACUGCUCAAGUUGACGGGCUCAGUCCUGGAGGACACGUGGAAGAAAGCGGGCAAAUCCGACAUGGACCAGCUGAUCCAAAGAACAGAAAACAUUGUCCUGGAUGCCACCUGCAGCAGGGACGUGAAGCAGAUGCUGCUGCGACUGGUGGAGCUGAGGUCCAGUAACUGGGGGCGUGUCCUCGGGGCUGCCGCCGCCAGCGACGCCACGCCCGACAACGACCCCAACUACUUCAUGAAUGAACCCACCUUCUACACUACAGAUGGUACUCCUUUCACAGCGGCUGACCCAGAAUACUCUGAAAAAUACCAGGAGAUUCUGGACAGGGGAGAUUGGGAAGAAUCUGAUCUGUACGAGGAGAACGGGAGUGACUCGCUUUUCGACGAGGACGAGAUGGACCCUGAAAUCGAGGAAGCUUUUGAGAAGUUCUGUCUAGAAUCGGAAAUGAAACGAAAACAGUGAGCGGUGAAGUUGAGAGAGACUGAACAGGCACAUGCAGUAUCCUUGGUGUUGACCUUUCUGGAAUGUUUGCUACUGGGAAGAACAAAGAGAACUAGCAUUCAAAUUGUUAAUUUAAUUUCUUUUCUUUUUUUUGAAAUCCUGUGUAUAGUUUGCCUUGCCUGGUACCCCAGUUUCAGGUGUUGUUGGAUUUGGGUUAGUUGGAAGAUGGGGGACAAUCAACUGGAUCCUUUAAUCUUACAAGUUCCUCAAGACAGUUUUGAGUUUGCAUUUUAUGGGUGCUGUACAAUUUUGUUUUCCGCUUUAGUUUGGACUCUUUUCAUUGACAAAGACAAACACCUCUUCCCUCUCAGUCAGUCUGAAUGCCACAGGAAGGAAACUGUGUGUGCUGUGAGUUCCUAGAUUUUAAACUGAAAUGACUGAACUGAUCUGCAUAGUCAGCUCAAUGUCAUCACGUGCAUAGUUUGAUUGCUGUACUAACUGUAUUAUCAAUGAGAGUACAUACUUACCAGCAGAGGGCCACACUGUGCUUUAUGCAGGAGUAGAACACAAUGCUGGGUGUCAGAGGUACAACAAUAGAUGGAAUCUUUCCUGUAUAGAUUCAUAGUUAAAGGUACAUUUCUAUAUUUCUCCAAUGUCCACACUAGGUGUGUAGCUCUACUGAACAUGCCAUCCGAAUCCAUUUUGUUUUGAGGACAUCUGUCAGAGCGUGGAUGUAUCGUUCAUCUUGGCAACUAAGCACCAUAGAGCAGACUAUGCAUAUAAAGAGGAUGGGUUUUUGAAACUAACAAAAAAAAAUACACCAUUUGCCAGCAGGUAGCCACAAACUGAUUGUCAAGAAUCACUUUAAAAUCUGUUCGAACUUCAAGGAUGUUUUACCUUUUUCUUCAAUACUCUAGGUUCAAAUGAGCCUUUUUAGAAAAAUGCUUGGCAUCCUAUUUGUUUAGGAGUGUCAACUUCUUGUUUCAGGGGAGGAUUUUGUAUUAAUUGUUUGUUGAUAUACCAACAGAUCCUGGCUGUUCAAACUGUUAAUGUCAGUGACAACAGGAACUGUUGGUUAAACUACUCCAAAGCUGUAUUUGUUUUUACCAGCAUCUAUGGAUCCCAUACAAAGGAACUUCUGUUUCAUAGUUUGUACAUAUUAUUUACAGUAUUGUUUGCCUGCAAUAAAUCCUUUACAAUGUGA